AUGGGCAGAAGGAUCAUUGGUGGAUGGGAAGCUAAACCCCACUCCAGGCCCUACAUGGCUCAUUUAUCAAUUGGAAGCCAGUCAGGUAGAUUUCAACGUGGAGGAUUCCUGAUUCGCCCAGAUGCAGUGCUCUCAGCAGCUCACUGUGUGGCUGGAAAGAGGAAAGUGAACAUCACCGUGACCCUGGGAGCCCACAACAUAAAUAAGAAAGAGCCAAGCCAGCAGAAGUUCCAUGUUGGACACUGGGUCAUCCAUCCCAACUAUUCAGGAGAUACCGUUAUAAAUGACAUCAUGCUGCUGAAGCUGAAGCCAAGGGCCAAGCUGACUAAGAAAGUGAGUCAUAUCCGCUUGCCCAGUCACAGUGAGCAUGUGGAACCAGGGACUAUAUGCAAAGUGGCUGGCUGGGGCUGGACAUCAAUGGCAGGGGAUAAGACUAGUGUGCUGAUGGAGGUGGACUUGAAAGUACAGUGUGAAAAAGUGUGUGAGGAGGAGAAGUUUUUCAAAGGGAACUACCUGUGUCAGUCUAUGAUCUGCGCUGGUGAUGAGGAUGGCAAAAAAUCAACUUUCCGUGGUGACUCUGGUGGCCCAUUAGUCUGCAAUGGGAAAGCUCAUGGCAUUGUUUCUUACAGACCCAAACAUCGCGUCUUCCCUAAAGUAUUGACCAGAGUCUCCUAUUUUGAGCCCUGGAUACGUGACGAGCUGAGGAAGUUUGCACUCCAGGACCUACCUGACCGCCUCCCCUCUGACUGA